CCAUGAUCCCACGUCAGCCCCCCCCCCUCCUUUGACUAGCGCUCCAACCCUUCCACCCCUUCGACCCCUCCCGGUGCACCAAGUGGCUCAGGCAUAGCAGUGAGUGGCCCGGACAUAGCAGUGGGCUGACGACGAGCAGCCAGGAGCAUGGCGUGGGAAGAUGCGUGCCGACAUCGAACUCGACGGUGACAUAUUGUGGCAUUCCUUCCUCAAGCCACCAGGGCGGUCGAACGGCUGGCACCACGGCGCCAUGUCUGAGACAUCAGAUCAUCAUGACAAGAAGUCACGCGACACACUGUGCCCCCUCAACACCAAGAGUGGUAUCAGCAGCAGCUCGGAGUUUCGCAUCGACUAUACAAUUGGCCCCGAGAAACGGCCUGCCCCAAGAACCACCCCCCUGCUGCACCAUUCCUACAUCGGCAUCCAAAUGGCGCCGCUCGAUCUCCAGCGGAGACUCCACGAGGCUCUGGAUCUCACCCAUCCGGCCAAGACAAGUUUGCCUGGGCUCAGCUUUUGGCUGUGGGUACCUACGCUCAAGACGGACGAAGAAAGAGUGUUCAGGUCCAACACCAAGGACUUUUGUUAUCGCCCGAAUUGCCUGGAAGAGGGAUACUUCUCUGCUCGACACGGACCGGCCGAUCCGGCGCGGUAUACUAAGGGUUUGGCGUGAUCUUUUCAAAAGGUGCUUAUGGGGAAUCCAAUAGCGCCCAAGGAGAAACAAAGCCACUGCUCAGUCCAUUAGUGCAGACCAGUGCCAACCGCUUGAACACAUCCAGAAGGCCUCAGUCUCCGUCCCCGCCCGUUUCAGAGCACGGAGACACGACCCCCUCA